UUCAAACGCUCCCUUCAUGACAGCCUGUGGCCCCUGAAAACACGAGUGGGACAAGGAACUCUCUACUUGAUAUUAUUUCCAAUAUUCUAUAGAACUACUGUCCGCUUUUACCCCUCAGAGGUUACUAAACAGGGGAACUUAAAACUAACAUGACCAAAAUCCUGUUGGCGUGCGGCGUGGUUAAAUCUCUGAGAAAAGGAUGCGUGGUUUGCAGGAAAGUGGGCAACGCGUGGGGCUGGCCAAAACUUCAGUCUGCGAAACUUUUCAGUGUCAAGGCACAGACAGCUCACCUGGUCCUGGAGGAUGGAACCAGGAUGAAAGGGUUUUCCUUUGGGCAUAAUGGCUCUGUAGCUGGGGAACUUGUCUUCAAUACAGGCCUGGUUGGGUACCCUGAGGCCCUGACUGACCCCAGCUACAGAGGUCAAAUCUUAACCCUGACAUACCCCAUUGUUGGGAACUAUGGAGUACCUAACACCCAGGAGAUGGAUGAACUUGGUCUAAGAAAACAUGUGGAGUCUGCAAAUAUCCAGGUGUCUGGACUCCUUGUUCAAGACUACAGUCAUGAAUACAGCCACUGGAAUUCUGUAAAGUCUUUGGGUCAGUGGCUAAAAGAAGAAAAGGUUCCUGCGCUCUUCGGAAUAGACACUAGAAUGUUAACCAAGAUUAUCAGAGACCAGGGCACUGUUUUGGCAAAGAUUGAGUUUGAUGGGCAGCCUAUAGAAAUAUCUGACCCCAACCAGAAAAACCUAAUAGAAGAAGUUUCAACUAAGGAGAUCCAAGUUUUUGGAAAAGGCAACCCAAUCAAAAUUGUAGCUGUUGACUGUGGUAUUAAACAUAAUAUAAUCCGGCUGUUGGUUAAGCGAGGUGCAGAAGUCCACCUUGUGCCAUGGGACCAGGAUUUGCUGAGCUUGGACUAUGAUGGCUUGUUUAUAUCAAACGGACCAGGAGACCCGUCUUUGGCUGAAAAACUCAUCAACAAUGUGCGCAAGGUGUUACAGAGUGAUCGGCCUCAGCCAGUGUUUGGGAUCUGCAUGGGCAAUCAGAUAACAGCUCUGGCUGCAGGAGCAAAGUCAUAUAAACUGCCAAUGGGUAACAGAGGGCAGAACCAGCCAGUGGUGAAUUUGAUGACAGGACAGGCCUUCAUAACAGCACAAAACCAUGGUUACGGCAUUGACAGCAAGUCUCUGCCAGCAGGCUGGAGCCCACUUUUCGUCAAUGCUAAUGAUGGCACCAAUGAGGGCAUCAUGCACAACAGUAAGCCUGUUUUCACGGCCCAGUUCCAUCCGGAAGCUAAGGGUGGUCCCACUGACACAGAGUUUCUAUUUGAUGCCUUUAUAUCACUGAUAAAGAAUGGAGAAAAUGCUAACAUUGUGUCAGUGAUGCCCAAAAAGUCCUGCAUCCCUACCAGAGCAAAGGUUUCAAAAGUGCUGGUAUUGGGGUCAGGUGGUCUGUCUAUCGGCCAGGCUGGAGAGUUUGACUAUUCCGGAUCUCAGGCUAUCAAAGCCAUGAAGGAGGAAAAUCUGAAGACGGUGCUCAUGAACCCAAACAUAGCAUCUGUUCAGACCAAUGAAGUGGGCUCCAAGCAGGCAGACUCUGUCUACUUCCUUCCAGUGACGCCACAAUUUGUAACAGAAGUGAUUAAAGCUGAGCGUCCUGAUGGCAUCCUUCUCUCCAUGGGUGGACAGACUGCACUUAAUUGUGGAGUGGAAUUAUUCCAGCAUGGCAUUUUGGAGAAGUAUGGGGUGAAAGUCUUAGGGACCCCAGUGGAAUCCAUCAUGGCAACAGAGGACCGGCAGCUUUUUGCUGACAAACUAAUGGAGAUCAAUGAGAAGAUUGCACCCAGCAUUGCUGUGAAGUCGGUGUGUGAUGCUUUAAAAGCAGCAGAGAAGAUAGGAUAUCCAGUCAUGUUACGAUCAGCCUAUGCACUGGGAGGUCUGGGAUCUGGUCUGUGUGCUGACAAAGAGAAGCUGGAGGAAACUGCACAGAAGGCUCUUGCUAUGAGCAGUCAGAUUCUGGUGGAGAAGUCUUUACUUGGCUGGAAGGAGGUGGAAUAUGAGGUUGUGCGAGAUGUGGCUGAUAACUGUGUUACAGUCUGUAACAUGGAGAAUUUUGAUCCACUGGGAAUUCACACUGGUGACUCCAUAGUAGUAGCACCAAGUCAAACAUUGUCCAAUGAAGAGUACCACAUGCUCCGUGAGACGGCUAUUAAGGUGGUGCGGCACCUGGGAAUUGUGGGCGAAUGUAACAUCCAGUAUGCUCUCCAUCCAUCAUCUCUGGAGUACUGCAUCAUUGAAGUGAACGCUCGACUCUCAAGGAGCUCAGCUUUGGCAUCCAAAGCUACUGGGUACCCCUUGGCAUUUGUAGCUGCUAAGUUAGCUCUGGGAAUCCCUUUGCCAGACAUCAAAAACGCUGUGUCAGAGAAGACCACUGCCUGCUUUGAGCCAAGUUUAGACUACAUUGUCACCAAGAUUCCCCGCUGGGACCUGGACCGCUUUCAGGGCAUGUCUCGGGAAAUAGGUAGUGCCAUGAAAAGUGUUGGAGAGGUGAUGGCGGUUGGCCGGACGUUUGAGGAGAGUGUGCAGAAGGCCUUGAGGAUGUGUCAUCCAUCUGUGGAGGGCUUUGUUCCCCGGCUGCCACUCAAGAAAGCCUGGGGCAACACACAAAACCUUCAACAGGAGCUCGCUGUGCCCUCCAGCACCCGCAUCUUCUCCCUUGCCAAGGCGCUGCAUAAUGGUAUGAAUGUUGAUCAAAUUCAUCAGCUCACGGCCAUAGAUAAGUGGUUCCUCCACAAACUUCGCAGAAUAACAGAGCUGGAGCAAAACCUUGGAAACUAUAACAGUGCCACUGUACCCCAAGAGCUUUUGUUGGAAGCGAAGCAGAAUGGCUUUUCAGACCAGCAGAUUGGUCAGAUCCUGGGCUGCAGUGCGGUAGCUGCUAGAGAGCUGAGGAUCAGUAAUGGCAUCAAACCCUGGGUAAAACAGAUUGACACAUUAGCAGCUGAGUACCCAGCAAUGACCAACUAUUUGUACUGCACGUACCACGGUCAGGAGCAUGAUCUGGAGUUCAAAGAUCAGGGGAUUAUGGUUCUUGGCUGUGGACCUUACCACAUUGGUAGCAGCGUUGAGUUCGACUGGUGUGCAGUGUCCUGCAUCAGAGCCUUGAGACAAAUUGGCAAGAAGACAGUGGUGGUCAACCACAACCCUGAAACAGUCAGCACCGACUUUGACGAGUGUGACCGUCUUUACUUUGAAGAGCUGACACUGGAACGCAUACUUGAUAUAACCCAACAAGAGGAGUGCUCCGGUAGUAUUGUGUCUGUAGGAGGUCAGAUCCCAAACAACUUGGCCAUCCCUUUGCACAACAGUGGAGUAAAGAUUCUGGGGACAAGCCCUCUGCAGAUUGACCGGGCUGAGGAACGGUCAAUCUUUUCUAGCAUUCUUGAUGAUCUUGAGGUGGCCCAAGCUCCAUGGAAGGCACUAAGUUCACUGGAUGAUGCCUUUUCAUUCGCCAACCAUGUGGGCUAUCCUUGCUUGCUUCGACCGUCAUAUGUUCUUAGUGGCUCUGCCAUGAAUGUUGUCCAUGGGGAGGAAGAAAUGAAACGCUUCUUGGAGGAGGCUACACAGGUUUCCCAGGAUCAUCCAGUCGUUAUCACAAAGUUUAUACGAGGUGCCAGAGAAGUAGAAGUGGAUGCUGUGGCUAGCAGUGGGAAGGUUCUUGUCCAUGCUAUAACAGAGCAUGUAGAAGAUGCUGGUGUACACUCAGGGGAUGCCACCUUGAUCCUUCCAACCCAAUCCAUCAGCCAGGGAGCUUUAGAGAAGGUUAAACUUGCCACCCGUAAAAUUGCACAAGCAUUUGAAAUUUCAGGGCCCUUUAAUACCCAAUUCCUUAUUAAAGGCAACGAUGUCAUGGUAAUAGAGUGUAAUCUGCGGGCAUCGCGGUCGUUCCCUUUUGUAUCUAAAACAAUUGGUGUCGACUUUAUCAAUGUAGCGACUAAGGUGAUGGUGGGAGAGCCUUUAGAUGAGUCUUGUCUGCCUUCACUGGAGAAACCAAUCAUUCCAGUCGACUAUGUUGGAAUUAAGGCACCAAUGUUUUCUUGGCCACGACUAAGGGAUGCAGACCCUGUUCUCCGCUGUGAGAUGGCUUCCACUGGAGAAGUAGCUUGUUUUGGACCAAACAUUUAUUCAGCUUUCCUGAAGGCCAUCCUCUCCACAGGCUUUAAGCUUCCACAGAAGGGUAUCUUGAUUGGGAUUCAGCAAUCUUUCCGACCAAAUUUCCUUGCUACGGCACAUCAGCUGAAAGAAGAAGGCUUCAAGCUCUAUGCUACUGAAGCUACCUCAGCCUGGUUGUGUGCCAAUGACGUAAAUGCCAUUCCAGUGGCUUGGCCUUCUGAAAAAGAAGAAAACACAACAUUGCCAAGUAUAAAAAGAUUGAUAAGUGAGGGCCAUAUUGACCUGGUUGUCAAUUUGCCCAAUAACAACACACGCCAUCUGCACGAUAACUUCCUGAUACGAAGAAUGGCAGUUGACCAUGGUGUUCCCCUCAUUACAAAUUUUCAGGUGGUGAAGUUGUUCGCUGAAGCCAUUGGUUAUGCAGGUGAUCUUGACACAACAAGCCUGUUUCAUUACCGACAGAAGAAAGGCCAACGAAAACAAGCCAGUCACAAAGGAUAGAUUUGCCUUCUCAUCUUAUAAAUACUUUAAAAUAUAUAGACAGUGGUGUCAAAAGUACACACAUUUGUUACUUCAGUAGAAGUAUAGAUACUGAAGUUGAAAAACAGUCAAUCAACUUAACCUCUUUACUCAAGUAAAAG